CAUUGAUAUCAAUUCACCGUGGUACGUACAUUCAUAAACUAAAGUUAAACAAUUUAAAUUUUAAAUUUAAAUUUAAAACCGGAAUUUGAAAUACCUUCAAUUUAAAAAAUGUCUGAAGAAUUUCUAAAAUGCCAACUGGGCUUUUUAGGAAACACCGAAGGCUCAGCAUAUUUAUCUCAAGGUAAAAGUACUGUUUCUGUGUCCGUUGUUGGACCAUUUGAGCCCAAGGCUAGUAAAUGUAUGUACGAUCGUGCCACCGUAGAUGUGACUUUUAGACGAAAAACUGGAAGCAUAACCGUUCAUGACAAAAUGUUAGAAGGUAUAAUGCAAUCAACAUGUGAAAAGGCCCUAGUCGUCGAACAAUAUCCCAGGACUACAAUUGUUGUAACAGUCCAAGAGAUGCAGGACAGAGGAAAUUUAUUGUCCACCUGCUUGAACGCUUCUUGUAUGGGACUGAUGAAUUCUGGUAUUGCUAUGCAUCAUUUGUAUGCAGCUGUGAGUUGUGCUGUCACAGAGAAAGAAGAAAUUAUUCUAAAUCCAGACGAAACACAAAUAAAUUCUUCUGUCGCAUAUUUAACACUAGUGUUUGCAAACACAGAAACCAGGUGUCUGUUAACGUCACAUACCACCGGAGAAUUUUCACAGAAAACAUAUAUGGAUUGUAUGGACAAAUGUUAUGCAGCUAGUAAAGAGGUUUUUAAUUUUUAUCAAAAGGUCAUAAAAAAAAGUUCUAUUUUCAACUGAAUGUCUAAUAUUUUGUUGUGUUAAAUGUUUAUUAUGUAAAUCAAAAAAAAAACUAAAUACCUAUUCCUAAAUUUUUUUAUGAUUGUGAACCUCUUGUGUAAAAAAUAAAUGUUCAUACCAUGAU